AUGGCCAAAGGCAUGCUUUCGAACUUCUCCCAGCUCGUCCUUUGUCUCUUCUCCUUCCUCACCCUCAGUCACCAGACCCCAGCAGGUGGGCUGCCGUACACCGUGGGUAAUGUGACUCUGCCCAACGGGAUCCAGAUGUUCUAUCGCGAAGCCGGCCCUACCAACGGCACGACGCUGUUGCUCCUGCACGGCUUCCCCUCAUCGUCGCACCAGUUCCGAAACUUCAUCCCCAUCCUGGCGGCACGCGGGUACCAUGUCGUCGCUCCGGAUUACCCGGGUUUCGGCUUUACGGUGGUGCCGGAGUCGUUGAACUACACGUACAGCUUCGCGGCGCUGACGCAGAGCGUGGCGGCGUUCCUCGACGCGAAGGAUAUCACCGCCUUCGUGCCCUACAUGCACGACUACGGCGGGCCGAUCGGGUUCCGGCUCGCGCUGCAGCGGCCGCAGUCGAUCCUGGCUUUCAUUUCGCAGAACGCAAACGCCUAUAUUGAAGGGUUCGGCGCGACCUUCUGGCCACCCAUCUUCUCGCUCUGGAACGCGACCACGCCCGCACAGUUCCAGGCCGCUGCUGCCCCAAUCAACGACACGGCGCUGACGCUCGCGGGGAUCAAGAGCCAGUACACGACCGGCAGCGCACGUCCGGAGCGCCUCGAGCCGGAGUCGUACUGGCUUGACUAUGCGCUGAUCGACGAGCAGGCAGGAAACCGCGACGUCCAGAUCGCCCUGCUGACAGACUACCGCUCCAACGUGCCCUUGUACCCGGCAUUCCAGGCGUACUUCCGCCGCGCCCAGCCCAAGCUGCUGGCCGCCUGGGGCAAGAACGACAUCAUCUUCGUCCCGCCCGGCGCCGAGGCCUUCAAGCGAGACAUCCUCAACGCAGAGGUCGUCCUCAUUGACGCCGGCCACUUCCUGCUCGAGACAAAUCUAGGCCAGAUGGCGGGCCUUGUGCUGGAUUUCCUGAAAAAGUCCCUCUAG